AUGACACCAUCCCGCCCGCCGAGCCCCCCCCAGGCCACCCCACCCCCUCCUCCUCCGCCCGGGAGUUGGUUAGGUUGUGUAAUUUAUUAUCCCCCAGCCCCUAAACACUACAGACCAUGCAGCGCCGCCGCCCCCCGCUCCCUAGUCCCCAGACUCUCUCCCAGUCCCCCCGACCAGGCUGCAUGCACGAGUACGAACGGGCGACGCCACAGCCUCCAGAUCUACCCACUUCACCUCACUCAACGAACAUCCACCAACACAAAAUCCGCCACCCCAAACAUUCCCCGCCAGAAACUCCCAACCAACCCGCCUCGAUCCCCCCCCCGCCCCAAAAUCCUCUCCCGCCAACCGCCCGAAUCUCCGCCGUUACCACCUAUCUGA